AUGAAAGUACUUGCAUGCGGAUGUGCAAUGAGCCAAACCAGAAACAUCAAAAUUAUUGGUACCGUUUUCAUAUAUCCGUCAAAAGGAUUAGCAAAAUAUUUCGAAGUGUAUCUAAAUGGAGAUUUCAAAACAUAUACAAAUAGUAAAGGGUCAUUUAAUAUAUUUGUUAGUAAGAAAGUUCGAAAACUUGUUCUUAGCGUACAAAAUCAAAGCGGCCGAACUACGACAAAAUUUAUUGACUUACCUGAAACGAGCGCUGGAACAGUUUACACAACUAUAUACGUUGUUGAUGUGAUAAAGACCGUUCAGAUUGAUCCGUCAAAGGAACAUGUUAUACACAUUGGUAAAUUAUCAAACGAAUCUGACGGCUCAAUUGCUGAGUUACAUCUUCAAAAAUAUUCAUUUGCUAAUUCUUUAUUUGAAAUACAAACAGGAUUGGUGGAUCUAUACAUUUCCUGUCUUGAUACAAAAACAAUUGCCGAUAUAGAUGUUAUGCCUGGGAGAUUAAGUUAUGUAAAUGAACUUGGUGAAUUAAAUCCUAUAGAAAGUUUUGGUUCAUUUCAUAUCACUGCUUUCGAUGCAAAUACAAGAAAAGUUGUUUCUGUUAUCAAAAAUAUUACUGUACUUCCUCAAACAGAAUUAUAUGAUACGAAAGAGUGGUCUUUAUAUAAAUUAAACACAGCGUUUGGUUCAUAUGAAUUAUUACCCAUAACAAAUGACACUUUCGGAUUUAUAGAUUCCAUGAGACUUAACUCUUGGUUAACAAUAGGCCGAUCUAUAUCUGUGAAUUCAACAUGCUUUUUUAAGACUCAUGUGUUCCAACACUCGACAUUUACAAUCGAAAUAGUAGAUAACCGAUACCAGUUUUAUCUACAAACAGUACAUAUUUCCACUGGCUUCUCAAAGACAUUAAGUAAUACGAUGUCACCAAGUUCAUCUUGCUUCGAAACAAUCUGUGACAAUACUAAAGGUUAUAUUGAAAUGUGGGUCAGUAAUAUUGAAACACAUUCUGAAGAGUUUCUUCAUCCAGCAAACCCAAAGUUCGUUGAUGACACUGGUUUAGAUGAACAAAAGCAAGCAUUACUUCAGUAUGCUGUUUCUAGUGAUAAUACGCAUCUCGAAAUCUUAUUUAAGAACACCAAAGAUGGUCCAUUUUUCGAUUCUGAAUCGGCAUGCUUAGCAAGCGAUACCAAUCAUUUUAAAUUCUUUUUCAAUGGCUUUGAUGAAAAUAUAUACACUUUUAGAUCAUUUUUAGAUGUUAAUUCGAAUGAUUCUAAAGAUUUACAACGAGUAAGUCAGCGUGUUUGGUAUCAAAAACGCGUUGAAGGAUAUAGGGUUUGCUUUGUGAAAGUUAAGAUAAUUAUGCAAACUGAUAAAAACAUAAUAGUACGUGUCAUAAGUUUUGGAGGAACCAAUGUAAACAUCACAAAUGUGAUUCUCGGUAUUCGGGAGGCAAUUAUAUUUCAGUCAUCAACCAUUUGCAUUGAGUAUAAAUGUAGCGGAACAAUCGAUGAGCAUGCAUCGCCUGGACAAUACGACUUUACAAGGGUCGGCAUUGAUAUGAAACAUUCGUGCUCAGUCAAAUCAUUUAGUCAGACGCUUAUAGACAACUUUCCAGAUAUUAGUACUAACAAUACAAAUUCCGGAAAUUUCUCAUUUUACGCUCCUACUUCAUAUACUCCUACAUUUGGUAUUUAUUCGUCAACAACAUCAAGUGGCGACAUCGAAUCUGCAACAGCGGAUUCAAAAGGUAAAUGCCGCUCCGGAAAAGCUGUCUAUUCGACUGACAAUCCUGAUAUUGGCGUGGCUGUUACAUUCCAUUGUCCGUAA